UAGCUUUGGUUCACAUGCCUUCAGUUCCACUUUUACACAUUCGUGUUUCUUUUGAACACACUUUAUACACCAUACCUCACAAGACCAACUCUAACAAGAAAGGCACAACACAAUUAUAAUAACAACAUCAUCCCACUUCACCACCUCACCUCUAGCUUAUUAAACCCCCUCCUCAUCCACAACAUUCUUGGACGAUCCAAUGAAUCAUUAAUUAAGAAGAAGACGCCUCAUUUCAUUGAUUACUACUAUAUAUCAUUGUCAUCGAUCAUAUCAUUGUUGCUGCUCCAUUUGAAUUGCUUCGGAGCAAUCAACAAUACACAUAUAUAGAUAGAUAGUGAUUGAUAUAUAGGGUUCAAUACCUACUAAUUAACAGUAACAGUGGUUGGUUGUGGGUACAGAGAUAGAUAUCAAUACUAAUUGAUUGAUACCAAUAAGUUCAGUUGGCUGAGGAGGAGGAGGAGGAGCAUGAAAGGCGGGGGAUACAGUCUCCAGCAGUCCCUGACACCGGAAGCAGCCAAUGUGGUGAAGCAGGCGGUCAGCCUGGCUCGCCGGAGAGGCCACGCCCAGGUCACCCCGCUCCACGUCGCCAGCGCCCUGCUCGCCUCUUCCACCGCCGGCCUCCUCAAGCGGGCCUGCCUGCAGUCCCAUUCGCACCCCCUCCAGUACAAAGCCCUCGAGCUUUGCUUCAAUGUCGCCCUCAACCGCCUCCCCACUUCUGCCUCCACCCCUCUCCUUGCCGCCCCUCACCCCCACUGCCACAUCCCCCCCUCCCUCUCCAAUGCUCUCGUUGCGGCCUUCAAGCGCGCUCAGGCCCACCAGCGUCGCGGCUCCAUCGAGACCACCCAGCAGCAACAGCAGUCCAUACUAGCCCUCAAAGUGGAGAUUGAGCAGCUCGUGGUUUCCAUACUCGAUGACCCGAGUGUGAGUCGAGUCAUGAGAGAAGCUGGCUUCUCCAGCACUCAGGUCAAGGCCAACGUCGAGAAGACCGUGUCCAUUGAUAAAUGCAGCUCUCGGGCUAGUCCUCCCGUCAAGGCCCGACUCGGCACCAAGUGCUUAGCUGCUGCUGCUGGUCUUGAGAAGGUCGCUCUGCCUCAGACAACGCCGCCGCCCACAACAAGCUUAGCUCACUUCACAUUGCCGUUAUACACCAAAGCUGAUGUUGGAGGAGGUGAGAUCGUUGAGAAUGAUGAUGGUGCGAUGAUGGGCAUCCUCAUCAGGGCCAUGAUGGACAGGAACACCAAGAACUCUGUCAUUGUCGCCGAGUCUCCUGCCGUUGCUGAGAACGUAGUCAGGAAGGUGAUCCAAGCAUUCAACAGAAAAGACGACGCCGUCCCCGCCGACAUGAGGUUCGUGCAGUUCAUAAGUGUCCCGCUUUUCACCCUGAGGAACAUCUCCAGGGAAGAGUUCGAAAUAAGACUCGGGGAGCUGCGGUCCCUGGUGAAGUCCUACAUGAAUAGAGGAGUCGUUCUGUAUUUGGGGGAUCUCGAUUGGGUGUCCAACUUCUGGUCGUCGCAAAGGGGGGGCGGCGGCGGCGGCUGCUACUGCCCAGUGGAGUACAUGGUGAUGGAGCUCAGCAGGAUGAUAUGCGGGGAGAAGGAGGCCGCGGAGAACAAGAAAAGACCGCUGUGGCUCAUGGGGGCUGCAACUCCGCAGACUUACGCCAAGUGCAGGCUCGGGAGGCCCUCUUUGGAGACUCUCUGGUGUCUCCACCCUCUUAGGCUGCCCGUUCCCAACUCCACCUUGGCCCUUAAUCUAAGCCUUGACAGUACCGCUGGCAUGUAUGAUCAAGUAAAAGAGGAGGAGGACGCGGCGGCCGACGAUUUUAACUGGUUGUUUCUGAAGGCUGGGAUCAGGAAGCAACUUGUCUGCUGCUCAGAUUGCUCGGACAACUUCAAGAAAGAAGCUCAGUCGGUCCUGAUCAGUGAUAGGCAAGAGCUGAGGCCAUUAAUUGCCUCGAGCUCGAGCCUGCCUUCAUGGCUCCAACAGUGCAUGGUUGAGAAUAGGAAACACGACAACAGUGCUGAUCAGGAAUGUGCCAAAAUCAAGGAUCUUUGCAAGAAAUGGAACUCAAUAUGCCGUUCUGUCCACAGAAGAGCACCUCAUUUUCUCUUCAACUUAUCCUCGCCGUCGCCGUCGCCCUCCCCUCCUUCCUCAACCUCGACAUCAUCCAGUGGACAUAAGAAACCUCAUGAUAACAAGCUCCACUACCAAAGCCUUCUAAAUUGGCCUGCUAUCUUUAACGAGCCAAUUCGGGAAUCUGACCAGCAUAAAGUAGUAUUUCCAAACGUGAGCGAUGUCGAAGUUUCUAAACCGAUAUUGUUAUUUCCAUCAUCAGCAGCAGCAGCUAAACCUGACCUCCUGUCUAACCCCAAUUCAAGCCCCAACUCAGCUUCAUCUAGUGAAGCAAGCCAGGAAUUGGGCUAUUGCCUGCAAAAGUUCAAGGAGUUCACUUCAGACAACCUGGGCAUUCUUUCCAAUGCAUUGGAAAGGAAAGUCCCAUGGCAGAGAGAUAUCAUCCGGGACAUUGCUAGUACAGUCCUUAAAUGCAGGUCAGGCAUGAUGAGAUCCGAAAGGGAAGACUGUUGGCUGUUCUUUUUAGGUGCUGAUUGUGAUGGGAAGGAGAUUGUUGCAAGGGAGAUAGCCAAGACCGUGUUUGGGUCUCAUGAUAGCUACAUUUCCAUCGGAAUCGGAAUCGGAUCUAGCAACUAUACCACAAGAGCUGAUGAGGAUUCGGCCGAAGAAGUGAGCAACAAGCGGGCAAGAACUAGUGAGCAUGGUGGAAGCUGCCGCCCUUAUGACAGAUUUGUGGAGGCCGUGCAAGAUAACCCGCGGCGUGUGUUCUACAUCGACGAUGUCGGUCAUAUGGACUAUAGCUCUCUCAAGGGGUUCAAGAGAGCAGUGAGGAAUGGACAUGCGGCGCCUCAUCAUCCUGAUGGGAAGAUUGUGUUUCUGAGGGAUGCCAUUGUCAUCUUCGGUAGUGACGAGUCAUCAAGAGCUAAUUGCUCUCCUCCUUGUCCUAUUUCCAUAGAUCAGGUAGAGGUAGAGGUGGAGGUGGAGGGGGAUGCUGAGAAGGGAUCAUCAGAAAGGACAAAAGAGGAAGACAUCAUCGUCAAUGGAGAUGGCGAUGAUCAGUUGAAGGAAGAGCAGCAGCAGCAGUUUGGGAUCUGGGAUUUGAACAUCAGUGCGAGUGGCGAAGGUGAAGCAGGUGAUGAUGAUCAGAACUAUUCACUUAGUGAAAACGGGAUUUUGGAGCUAGUGGAUAAGCAAGUAGUGUUCACAAUUCAGGUCUUGUAAAAUUGAAUGUGACGACCACAGAAGUUGAUUAUAAUUAAAACACCAUACUUAAUUAUAUAAGUGUUUUAAUUUUUUAUC